GCCCUAGCGGCAGGUUCCCGGCGGCCCUAGCGGCAGGUUCCCGGCACCGGCCGGGUUCGGGAUGGCGGGUGCAGGUUCUGCUGCAGUGUCCGGGGCUGGGACCCCGGUGGCAGGGCCCACAGGCCGCGACCUCUUUGCCGAAGGCCUCCUCGAGUUCCUGCGACCGGCUGUGCAGCAGCUGGACUCCCACGUCCACGCCGUCAGGGAGAGCCAGGUGGAGCUCCGCGAGCAGAUCGACAACCUCGCCGCGGAACUGUGCCGCAUCAACGAGGACCAGAAGGUGGCCUUGGAUCUCGACCCCUACGUUAAGAAGCUGCUCAACGCCCGGCGACGGGUUGUUCUGGUCAACAACAUCCUACAGAAUGCCCAGGAGCGGCUGAGGCGGCUAAACCACAGCGUCGCCAAGGAAACAGCCCGCAGGAGGGCAAUGCUGGACUCAGGAGUUUAUCCCCCUGGUUCCCCAAGCAAGUAACAAGAUGGCAGGGGACUGAGCAGCACAAACAGUUGUUACCCCGCUGCCUUGUUUCAACACACGAGAAGAUUCAGGGAACAAUUUCUGCAGACUUUGGGACACCUAAAUGGCAGCCCUGGUUUAUUUAAAGCACUUAUUCACUACGUGGGAACCCAGGAAACCUGCAUGCAGUAGACAAGUUCCCAGAGGACUUUCGUUACAGCUCUUGCUCCCUUCCAAGAACGAAAUGAAGUUUUUUUCUUAACUACAUACUUAAUGACCAUCUUUUUCAGGCCUCGUCAACCRGACUGGAGCUUCGUUUGUUAUGUGUCUGGUUAUAGUGGACCCAGGCAACAUGUCCUCUACCUGUGACUUCUUUUUCCUUUUGUUACAGAGGAUUUACAAAGACAAGAUGAAUGACCUCUGUCCACCCUUUUUUGUUGAUUGCACUGGCUUGAAUACAACAGCAGUACUGCUAGAACCAUUUAAUUCAAUAAAUGCUUAAACAGUA